GACACACGAAAGUGAUGAUAAUGUUUUAUUAUCUUAAAGAUCGUCUUAUGCAUCGGAAUGAAAGGGUAGCUUUUUAUCUAUAGAUUUCAAACAUUCAACAAUAUCAAUUUCUCUAAAGCAGUCUGCUCAAAUCAAUGAGGACAACUUCGGAAAUUCAUCCUAUUUGAACAACUUCAUUCCCAAGAUUUACAAGGUUGAAGAAGCGGAUCCCUGUAAUAAUAACUUUUGAAUCUCUGCGAAAUUAAUCUGGGAUUUCAUUUUGCCAUGUUUUAGUUUUAAAACAGGACAUUUUCAUUUUAGAUAGACCAUUUUUAAGGCGUGCACAUUUUGAAGAUUUGGGCUAAUAUAGGCCUACCCCAAAGGAAACGUGUAUUGUUUUGUCUGUUGGUCGAUUUGAGCAAAACUUUGCAUUAUUAGGCGUCUUGAGAGCGUGAGCAUUGAGGAUAUUUUUUUGACUAAACCAUCACAUUUACCUAGUCUCGGUUAUGUUAGCAGUGGGGCAGAUGGACGGGUCCCGACAGAGCGCUUUCCUCCUAAGCACCGCACCUUUAGCGGCUCUGCAUAGCAUGACGGAGAUGAAGACCCCACUCUACCCAGCCUACACAUUAUCUUCCAACGGUCCGGCCUCUUCUACCUCACCUAUUGCCACCUCUCCAAACCCCGGUGGCAUCCCGAUGUCCUCACCGGGGAUCAAAACAUCCUCCGGAAUGUCAUCUCUCGGAUCGCUCCAUCAAUGCAUUGCGCUAGGCACACCUCAUGGAAUAAACGACAUCCUCAGUCGUCCUUCGGUCCUUGCCCCAGGAGCUGCUGCUGCCGUUGCUGCGUCCACUUCUGCCGGCAUCUUGUCAGGACUGCCCCGCUUCAGUAGCUUGAGCCCCCCGCCACCCCCUGGACUCUACUUCAGCCCCAGUGCUGUGGCAGUGGCUCGCUACCCCAAGCCCUUGACAGACCUUCCAGGCAGGACCCCGAUAUUCUGGCCAGGAGUCAUGCAAAGCCCACAUUGGAGAGACGCCAGAUUCGCAUGUUCACCGCAUCAAAAUUCUAUACUGCUUGACAAAGAUGGAAAAAGAAAGCACACACGUCCCACCUUCUCUGGACAGCAAAUAUUUGCCCUAGAAAAGACUUUUGAACAAACAAAAUAUCUGGCUGGACCGGAGCGAGCACGACUGGCCUACUCGCUGGGAAUGACAGAGAGCCAAGUAAAGGUGUGGUUUCAAAACCGAAGAACGAAAUGGAGAAAACGCCACGCGGCUGAGAUGGCUUCAGCAAAGAAGAAGCAGGACUCGGAGACGGAGAGGCUGAACGGGGCCUCGGAGAAUGAAGAGGAUGAUGAUGAUUAUAACAAGCCGUUGGACCCUAACUCAGACGACGAGAAAAUAACACAAUUACUGAAAAAACACAAACCAAACUCCUCACUCCUUAUUAAUACAUCAGAAAACGACAGUUCGUAGACAGACACGGGGAAAAAAUACGUUUGAUGAAACAUUUAAUCGUGGAACUGGUGCAGGUUGUGUCCCUUUUUUCGUCAACAUUUUUAAAUGAAUAUGUUUGCACGAGGACGGAGGAUCAAAGGAAAAGACGCAAUUGUGUAGUCUGGAACAGUGGCCAAAACAUGGACACAAUUUAUAGAAGUUUGAACAUUACGAAGAUGAUACUUACAUGUAAAUAGAAACGUGAGUUGUAUUCAAUAGAAAUUAUAUUACUGUGAAUAUUUAUGUGUAAAAAACGUUUUUUUUGUUGUAUAGAAAGCACUGCUGAGUCUCUUCCUCUUAGUUGUUCUGACGUCUGACAUCGUUACAGCUUUGUCAAUUGCAAAAAGCAUAGCCUAUAUUUUCAUGUUUAGUUUUGUUUUUGAAACUUGACAUAUACAUUGCAUUUCAUAGUGAAGUAAUAAGAUCCACCUGUUUGUAGGGCCCAAUUUUCAACCAUUAGGGCUUCCAAAAAAAUAUCAGAACAAGCCUAACAGGCAUCCCCAUUGGUUCUGUGGACGAUAAGAAUCUUUUUUUAAUAUAUAUAUUUACAAAAUAAAUGGAAAUGAAAUUAGCCACAUAUUUUAAGUGUAAAGAAUACCGGUUGUGACGCAAUUGAAGUACAUUUGUAAAAUAAAUGCACAUUGUGUUUCUCUAAUGGUAAAAUGGUUUCCCCUCACACUUUACUUAAUUUAUAUAAUAUUUUAAGUUUGUAACAGUGAUUGAAUCCUGAAAAAAUGUGUAUCGCGGGUUCAUAUGUAAUGCACUUUUUGAAAAAAAAAUAAAAGGUAAGAUUAACGUUGCUUUACUCUGGAUAUACAUAAAACAAUUCAAUUGCGUUCUUGGCAGUAAUCACCCGAUGGAGGACAUAAAGGGGGAAAGAAGCAUAGGAGGAAGCUCAAGUAUUUGAUUUAAUUUCGUUUUAUUUUAUCUACCUAUCAAUUUCUAUUUGUGCACGCUAACGAAAGACACCUGAAUGUAUAAUAUGAAUAUGUAAAUAUAUCAUAUUUGGAGAUAUGAUGGUUACUAUUCAUCUUAUUUGAGGGGUUAUCUUUCUUAGCAGGGCGACGUAAAGUGGUUUUCUAUUUGUUUAUGCAAAUGUUUCAUAUGUAUGUAUGAUGAUUAUGAUAAUUAUGAUUAUUAUUGGUGAUGAUUACAUUAUGCCACUAUGCCUUCCAAGACAUGCGAUGAUAUAGGAACAUCUAUUGUUGCCUAUAACCAAGCUAUAACAACAACAAUAAUGAUUAUUAUUAUUUAUAAUUAUUAAUAUUUAUAAUAAAACUAUAAUAGCAUCCA